CUCUUCUUCAUCUCUCUCAAUCAUAUAUCAUCUUAACAAAUGGCGACGUCCAUCUGCUCCGUCCUCCUUCUCUUCAUAUUUUCACUCUCGUCAUCAUCAUCAUCUGCUCAAACAUCAUCCCGACCUAAAGCUCUCCUUCUCCCAAUAACAAAAGACCAAUCUACCCUCCAAUACACAACCGUCAUCAACCAACGCACGCCUCUCGUCCCCGCUUCCCUCGUCUUCGACCUCGGCGGUCGUGAUCUCUGGGUCGACUGCGACAAAGGCUACGUCUCCUCCACUUACCGCUCCCCUCGCUGCAACUCCGCCGUCUGCUCACUCGCCGGCUCCACCAGCUGCGGCACAUGCUUCUCCCCUCCCCGGCCUGGCUGCAGUAACAACACUUGCGGCGCUAUUCCUGAUAACACCGUCACCGGAACCGCUACUUCCGGCGAACUUGCUCUAGACGUCGUCUCGAUCCAAUCCACUGACGGAUCCAAUCCGGGUCGGGUUGUCAAAAUACCCAAUCUAAUCUUCGUUUGUGGUUCAACCUUUCUUCUUGAAGGACUCGCUAAAGGAGCCGUUGGUAUGGCGGGAAUGGGACGUCACAACAUCGGCUUACCCUCUCAGUUCGCCGCCGCGUUUAGCUUCAACCGCAAGUUCGCCGUGUGUCUAACUUCCGGUAAAGGCGUCGCCUUCUUCGGCAACGGACCUUACGUUUUCCUUCCCGGAAUCGAGAUCUCGGGGCUCCAAACGACGCCGCUUCUCAUCAAUCCGGUGAGCACCGCUUCUGCGUUUUCACAAGGUGAGAAAUCCUCAGAGUAUUUCAUCGGCGUGACGGCGAUUAAGAUCGUCGAUAAAACUGUUCCGAUCAGUCCGAGGCUUUUGAAGAUUAACAGCACCGGAUUCGGAGGAACCAAAAUCAGCUCCGUGGAUCCUUACACGGUGAUGGAGUCAUCCAUCUAUAAAGCUUUCACGUCGGAGUUCGUCAGACAAGCAGCGGCGAGGAACAUCACCAGAGUUGCGUCCGUGAAACCGUUCGGCGCGUGUUUCAGCACGGAAAACGUCGGCGUCACGCGCUUGGGAUACGCCGUGCCGGAGAUCCAGCUUGUGCUUCACAGCAACGACGUCGUGUGGAGGAUCUUCGGAGCCAACUCGAUGGUGAGUGUCAGAGAUGACGUCAUCUGUUUGGGCUUCGUUGACGGCGGAGUCAACGCGAGAACCUCUGUUGUGAUCGGAGGGUUCCAGCUGGAGGAUAACUUGGUUGAGUUCGAUUUGGCGAGCAACAGAUUUGGGUUUAGUUCUACCUUAUUGGGCCGUCGCACUAACUGCGCAAACUUCAAUUUCACUUCCACUGUUUAGUUUUUUUUUUUUUUUUUUUUAAUCAAUUUCAUUAAAAAUAAAUGUGUUUGUUUCGGUGCCUAUGUUUGAUGUUAUUAUCAACAAGGAGCCAAUAUAAUAAUUUACUGUCAUUUUUUAUCACUUGAUCUGGAAUAAAUAAUGAUGUAACGAGGAUUGUUCUCCUUGUCUUCA